AUGAGCAUUGAUGUGUUUGGACAUUCUUUAACACGACCUGUUGCAAGUCGUGGACUACCUGGACCUUCUAGUAUUGGAUUUAAAGUUACUCCAAGUGGAGAUUACAAUAUUGAAGUUGUAACUGAACUGCAUAAACAAGCGAGAAGGAAUUAUCCUCGUCGUAAAGUUCAAAUGCGUAGCAUAGAUGAAACCUGGCAAGCAGAUUUGGUAGAAAUGAUACCUUACUCCUAUUCCAAUAAAGGUUUCAAAUACAUGCUCACAGUAAUAGACAUAUUUUCCAAAUAUGCCUGGGCUGUACCUAGUUUAAUGCAAGAAUUCAAUAUUAAUCUCUAUUCGACUUAUAGUAAUUUAAAAGCAUCAAUUGUUGAAAGGUUUAACCGCACUCUAAAAAAUAUGAUGUGUCCUGAAUUCAACUUACAAGGCAAUUACAAAUGGAUUAAUCUUUUACCAAUUCUCAUAUCAAAGUACAAUAAUAAAAAACAUCGUACGAUUGGUAUGAAACCUAAAGAUGUCACCGUAGAAGAUUCAAGAGAACUGAUGAGACGUAUCCGUACACUAAGAAAAAUUCCACUGAGAAGACAAAAAUUUAAAGUUGGAGAUAGAGUUCGAGUCAGCAAACAUAAAAACAUCUUUGAAAAAGGAUACACCCCCAACUGGACAACGGAAAUAUUCACUGUGGAUCAAGUUAAACGAACAAAACCAGUUACAUACAAACUUACAGAUUAUGAAAAUCACCCAAUCGAAGGUAGUUUCUACGAAGAAGAACUAUUAAAAGUUAAAUAUCCAGAUGUUUACCUCGUUGAGAAAGUCCUUAAAAGCCGUGGCAACAAUGUAUAUGUAAAUUGGCUUGGAUUUGAUAACUCACACAAUAGUUAG